AGGAAAGAGGACACCAGAAGCCACAACAUCUGAAAGUUCUAAAGCUGUGAUCAUGGGAGGUGGUGCAUAGCCAGACAUUUUGGACACAAAACCAAUCUCCCAUCAUGGACAUGGAGAGAAUUGUCUCAUGUUCUUACUUGGGAGGGCUACAAAUAUAACUUUGCUCUGUUCCAAAUUUUUGGGAAGGACACCUCGAGUUAAAACAUCCCUGAGGAACUCAUUCAGGAGAGGCGGGAAGAGUGGAUAGUGUAAUUUUCCAGGGAAAUCGAAGGAACAUGAGGACUCCAGGUGUUGUCUCCCUGUGGAAAUACUUCACGUGUAUGGAUUAACAAUAAUACGGGGCUUUUCCACAAUCAUCAAGGGAUUGUCUGAUUUUUUUUUUUUUUUUUUGAUGACAAUAUAUUGUCCGAGGGGAUGUGGUAUCCGGUGAGCUGCCCCUGAGCUUUUUUGGCCUACCAACCUGCCUUCUCUGUGGCUACCAGUGACAAUGCUGACCGAGCCUGCAACACCACAGAGAUCAGAGCCCAGACCAACAUUAAGACCCGCUGGAACCUCUACAGCACUAUGUCCCAGUCAGAUAUGGCUUCACUGGAGGAUGACGGCUCACUAUCAGAAACCUCUGGGGUUCAGCUGAAGUGGGCUGCCCUGCUUAUUGUCAUGGUCAUAAUUCCCACCAUUGGCGGAAACAUCUUGGUCAUCCUCGCUGUGUCAAUUGAGAGGAAACUGCAGAAUGCCACCAACUACUUCCUCAUGUCACUUGCUGUGGCUGAUUUACUGGUGGGACUCCUGGUGAUGCCAAUUGCCCUGGUCACUGUUCUCUACAAUUCUGGUUGGCCCCUUCCAGACUUCAUCUGCCCUAUUUGGCUAUUUCUGGAUGUGCUGUUUUCAACAGCAUCCAUCAUGCACCUGUGUGCCAUCUCACUGGAUCGCUACAUUGCCAUCAAGAAGCCCAUACAGCACAGCCAGUACAAAUCCAGAGCCAAGGCCAUGGUCAAGAUAGCGCUGGUAUGGCUUAUAUCCAUUUGUAUAGCAAUCCCUAUUCCAAUCAAGGGGCUACAGAACUACCAACCCAGGAAUAACAUCACCUUCAACAGUAACCACACAUGCCUGCUUAAAACAGACACCUUCCGGGAAUUCAUCAUGUUUGGGUCCAUGGCAGCAUUCUUUGUUCCAUUGAUCAUCAUGAUGGUCAUCUACCUUCUUACUGUCCACGUGCUGCGCAAAAAGGUUUAUUUACUCAGGUCAAAGGUGAUUCAGCGCUUCAGCUACCAGGCAGUGUCCACAGUAUUCCAAAGGGAACAUCCUGGGACUGCUAAUCAAGCUGACCAGCUACAUGUGCUGGACAGAAGAUAUCCAAGGAUGCAAGGAAACCCAAAUGUAGCCACAGCAAACCCUCCUAGCCCUGAUGAAAUCCCUUUCCGCAGGAUGUCCACCAUGGGCAAGAAGUCAAUGCAGACCCUGAGCAAUGAGCAGCGUGCAUCAAAGGUGCUGGGCAUAGUCUUCCUCCUCUUUGUAAUUAUGUGGUGUCCAUUCUUCAUCACUAAUGUCACCUCUGUGCUAUGUACGAGCUGUGAUGACAAUAUCAUCUCUCGGCUGAUGGAGAUCUUUGUGUGGGUGGGCUAUGUGUCAUCUGGGAUUAAUCCACUGGUUUACACGCUCUUCAACAAGACGUUCAGGGAGGCAUUCACACGUUACAUUACUUGUAAUUAUAAGACCUUCACAAGCCAUCAACCGGACAGAAAUCCAAAGGCGUUAAACACGGAUCGGACUCGUACAAGAAUUUCAUUCAGGUCGUCUAUGGCGCAAAACUCCAAACUGUUCAUGAAGAGAGGCAUGAGAAAUGGCAUUGGACCAGUGAGCUAUCAAAGUCCAAUGAGAUGUCAACCUCCUGUACAGUCAUCUAGCGCGCUCGCGUUAGACACAAUGCGCUUUCCUGACAACUACGAUCCCAAGCAGGAAGAAGAUGUAAGUCGUGUAUGAAGCUACAACAAUCAAAUCAAAAUUAAAGCAUCAGGAAGUGAGUUGGAACUUGCUGAAAAUACUUUUUUAAAUUAAAAAGAUUGCCCCACCACCAAUUCCAAAAGCUGCAUUGCAAUUGUGUGUGUGUCACUUUGUGAUGUACUUCCCCUUUUAAACUAAUCUACUGGAGUUGACCUCACAACUGUACAAUGUUACACGGAAAAAAGAUAAAUAAAGCAUUUAGCCAUCUGAUACCAAGGUCAAAAUUUGUUUACAUCACUCUACCAUUCAGGAAAACAGGAUAGCUACUGCUGUGGAACAUUGAUGUGAUGCCUGUAUGCAGAUGGUGCUAUCUAUUCAGAAUCAGAAUCAGCUUUAAUGGCCAAGUAUGUAACAACGCACAAUGAAUUUGUCUCUGGCAGUCACUGCCGCCCUGGUACUACAUUCAGAAUAAAGAACAAACGAUCUAACGGGAACAAAGAAGAGACAUUCAGUUAAUAGGAACUAUUUCUUAUAAUAGUCACAGAUGUGCAAGAUGCAGUCUUCAUUAUUUAGAGCAGUUAAGAGUGUGUCGACGCCUCACAUUAUGGUAAGCUUAUGCAGAGCGCCCUUGCCCGUUCACAGUUCCGGCUAAAGACCAGUGUAAUGAAAAUUGUGCAGUGACGAAUCGUGCGAGUCUACAGUAUAUAUUACAAAUACUAAUACUAAUUGGACCAGCAGGAUGUGAGAUACAGUAUUGUCUACUGUACAUAAACUGCUGGCAAGGAGAGGGCGGCAUGGCACUGAGGAAAACAAAAGUCGAAGUCUGGAACCCGCUACUUUUAGUAGAGGAACUUUUUUUUGUCAAGCCGUUCACCUUUGGCAAAAGAUUUCAAACUAUAAAGCACACUAAAUCCUCGCAGCUCAUGAUAGUGACUCGCCUAUGAGCAAUGGACAUGAACAAUGUCACCAUAACCAAGCACGCAGGCGUUUAAGUUUGGAUAAAAUGUAAAACUUUAAAAAAAUUCUCAAGCUUAUUUUAUAUUUAGUUGCAAAAGAUUUGAACAGUAUUGGGUGAGUUUGGCCAUGAAAAAAAAAAUAGAUUUUUUUAAAAAGUACAAAAUUUCGUACAGUAACACGUUCUUAUACACCCCGCCUCCAUCAGUCCAUUCUAUCGAGGUUCCACUGUAUUUAAAAUUGCUAAGUCAAGAAGCACUUGAAAUAAACGGAUAACACGAAAUUGUUAAUGAGGGAUUGUAAAUUGUCUUUCAUACACCUAGAAUCUUUGUAAUGUUUACCUUCGGCACUCAAUUUUCAACAUGCAGAAUAAAAUGAGUUGCUGAACUG